AUGUCGGCUUGUCCACCAGGAACAUACAAGCCUGAAGGUUCUCCAGGUGGAAUCAGCACUUGCAUCUCAUGUCCUGAUGAGAAUCAUACUUCUCCACCAGGAAGUACCUCCAUUGAGGAUUGUACAUGCCAGGAAGGAUAUCGUGCUGUAGGACAAACCUGUGAAGUCGUUCACUGCCCUGAACUGAAGCCCCCUGAAAAUGGUUACUUUGUCCAGAAUGUCUGCAACAAUUACUUUAAUGCUGCCUGUGGGAUCAGAUGCAAAGCAGGAUUUGAUCUUGUGGGAAGCAGCAUCAGGCUUUGUCAGCCAAAUGGCCAGUGGUCCGGAUCAGAGGCUACCUGCAGAGUUCGAACGUGUCCCAAACUUCGGGCUCCUGAAAACGGACGUAUUAAUUGUUCAACGGGUGAUAUCUCGUAUAAGACAGUAUGUUUUGUGACCUGCAAUGAGGGCUAUGAAAUAGAAGGAAACACCAAACUCACCUGCCAGGGAACCUCACAGUGGGAUUCAAAGGAGCCAAAGUGUGUAGAUAUUGAAGCUCCUCAGAUCCACUGUCCUGAAAAUAUUGAGGCUGAGACUCUGGAACAUCAUAACUCUGCUAAUAUCAGUUGGCAGGUACCAACAGCUGAGGAUAACUCUGGAGAUGAGGUCUCAGUUCACGUUACCCCAGCUUUCAUACCACCGUUUCUUCUUCCAAUUGGCGAAGUUGCCAUUACUUACACAGCAACUGAUAAGUCGGACAAUGAGGCAAGCUGUACAUUCAGUGUCAAGGUUAUUGAUGCAGAACCUCCUGUAAUUGACAGAUGUAGAUCUCCACCCCCCAUGCAAGCAGUAGAGAAUGAGUACCCAGCAACAUGGGAAGAACCACAAUUUUCAGACAAUUCAGGUGCUCCACUGACUGUCACUAGGAGCCAUGCACCUGGAGAUCUCUUUCCCAAAGGAGAGACAACAGUUCAAUACACAGCUGUGGAUCCCUCUGGCAAUAACAGGACGUGUGAAAUACACAUUGUCAUCAAAGGUUCUCCCUGUGAAAUCUCCUUUGAGCCUGUGAAUGGUUAUUUUACAUGCACAUCGGAUGAAGUGGGAGUUAACUGCACAUUGCACUGUGCAGAGGGUUAUAGCUUUUCAGAAGGAUCAAGUGAAAGCUACUAUUGUGCAUAUGAGGAUGGUGUCUGGAAGCCGCCUCAUUCUUCAGAGCGGCCUGGCUGCUCUCUAAAUCGUUUUGCAAACCAUGGGUUCAAAUCCUUUGAGAUGCUCUACAAAGCAACACGAUGUGAUGACAGCAAUCUUCUAAAUAGCUUUACUGAUGCGUUUCAGAGUGCACUUGGUAAAAUGGUCCCAUCAUUCUGUAAUGAUGUUGAUGAUAUUGACUGCAGAUUGGAAGAUCAGACACAGAAACAUUGCUUGGAAUAUAAUUACGAUUACGAAAAUGGAUUUGCCAUUGGACCAGCUGGCUGGGGGGCAGCAAACCAGCUGGAUUAUUCCUAUGAUGAUUUUGUUGAUGCAGCACAAGAAGAUUUAUCAAAGCAUCUCACUGCCUCUGUAAAGGCAGCACCUGCUCGAGUCAAAAGGCAUAAGCUCAAUGUUCCAAUGACCGACCACAAAAUCAAGUUAAUAUUUAACAUCACGGCUAGCGUGCCACUGCCUGAUGAAAGGAAUGAUACAUUGGAACUGGAAAACCAACGGCGGCUCCUUAAAACUCUGGAGACAAUCACGAACAGGCUGAAUAGGACUCUCAAUAAGGAACCCAUGUAUUCUUUUCAGUUUGCAUCUGAACUCAUUUCAACUGCCCUUUGGGUACCUACUACUCCCUGGAGCAUCAUACCUGUGAAAGCUGCUGGACUGGAUCCUACCAAGAUGAGGAAGGGCAGCUGGAAUGCAAAAGUUGUCCAUCUGGUAGCUAUACUGAGUAUCUACACUCUAGGAGCAUCUCUGAAUGCAAAGCUCAGUGCAAGCAGGGAACGUAUUCACCCAGUGGUCUUGAGACCUGUGAAACAUGUCCGCUUGGCACAUAUCAGCCAGCAACUGGAUCCAGGAAUUGUGUCUCUUGCCCAGAGAAUACAUCAACGAGAUUACUAUCAACCAGACCCAGGAAAGUCCUACUGCUUGUCUUGUCCAUUUUAUGGAACAACAACUGUCAUUGGUGCCAGAUCCAUCACAGAUUGUUCAAGCUUGAAAUGUGAAGUGGAAGUUGAUGAGUGUAAAUCAUCUCCUUGUCACAACAAUGGAAUGUGUAAAGAUGGCAUUGGGACCUUUGUUUGCCAUUGUCAACCAGGCUAUUCAGGCCUCUUGUGUGAGGAAGACAUAAAUGAAUGUAGCUCUAGUCCGUGUUUGAAUGGAGCCCACUGUGUUGAUGGCAAGAAUGGUUACCGCUGCACUUGUGCAAAAGGGUUCACAGGGCUAUUUGUGAAGAUCAAGUUGGUGGUUUCUCCUGCAAGUGCCUGCCAGGUUUUACUGGUGUCUUAUGUGAAAGAAACAUCGAUGAGUGUCUCAGCAGACCAUGUAGGAAUGGAGCUACAUGCAGAGAUGGUAUCAACAGCUUCAGGUGAAAAACAGAUGAUUGGUGUAAUACAGUAUGGAAG